CUUUGGUCUUAAACAAUAAAAAAUGGGAAAGAAAAGGUACAGUCACAAUGCUUGUUGUAGUUUUACCUGGUUGACAUUGGUUGAUUGACACUCAAACUUGGACUAUUGUGGAUAAUGACAGAGCAGGUCGUCAGCGUGUGGGUCCGGGAUCCACGGAUAAGGAGGCAUGAUUUCUGGCAUGCCUACCUGGAUUAUGAAAUCUGUUUACACACCGACAGUGUGUGCUUCACCAAGAAGACUUCGAGUGUGAGGAGGAGAUACAGCGAGUUUGUGUGGCUCAGACAGAAACUACAAGAACAUUCACUGCUAAUGCUACAGUUACCAGAUCUGCCCCCGAAAAACCCUUUCUUCAGUCUGAACAAUGCGAAACAGAUCAGCGAGCGGAUGAAAGGACUCCAGAUAUUCCUGGAAAAAAUCGUCCAGAGCCCCCUGCUGCUGUCCGACAGCUGCCUACAUCUUUUCCUGCAGUCACAGCUCAGCGUGUCCAAGAUGGAGGCCUGUGCUGCGGGACGGACCCACUACUCCGUGGCCCAGGCCGUCCGCUGCUGCGGCCUGAGGAGGUUCCACUCGGAGGAGGACCUGCAGAAGGAGGAGCCCAGCAUGAGCUCUGACCUCGACUCAGACAGCUCAGACUAUAGAGACCCACACCCCAGGACGAAAGGUUUGGCAAUAAACAAACCAAAGAGCUCGGUGUCACUUGGUCUCAUGGGAAGCUGCGAGGAGGAGAAGCUGAGCUGCUCAUCGGUCUCGCCAUGAAAACACCAGCUUCACAGAGGAAACACUUGCCUUUUCACAAUGUACUUUUAAUUACACUGUUGUUUUUUAACUUAAAAAAAUGUCAUCAUGAGAUAAUUUCCAUUUUAAAUAUAUUCAAUCAUCACUGCAGGAUGUUCCUGUUGUAUAUAGUUCAUUGGUGCUUGUGUGUCCCUUGUUUUCACAGUUACAUGGUUAUGAUUUGCCUGAAGAUGGCAGUGUUGGCACAUCUCUUUGUUUGUAUGUUUCUUCAUGAAUGUAUUCCACAACUGUCUAUACUGAGUUCAUAAACAAACUUUAAGAAUGCUUCAUGAGUUCGUAUCAUUCAUACCGAAUAAGCAGACAGU